UUUUCUUUGAAUUAAUUUUAUUUUCCUGUAUAAUGGUGUUUGGUUUUUCCUUGCAGGAGACUGACAUUGGGAGGCACGUGAAUCGGUUGCGGAAGCAUUCCUCCAAUAACGUUCGCAGAUUGGUGAAGCUACUUGUGAGGAAGUGGAAGGAAAUUGUGGAUGAGUGGGUGAGGUUGAAUCAACCGGGUGGAACAGCUUCUCUCAUGGCUGAUGGGGACUCUCCACCGCUGAAAACCACCCAAAACGGUCAUCAUCAGGUCUUUCUUGGACCUUUUUUUAAUAUUUAUUUUUUAUAUCAUGGUAAAGUUUAAGGCCCU